UUCUGCUCUUUGUGUGGGGUGGAUUAUUCGGCUGUGCGCUGAGAGAAACGAGAGCAUCAAUCGGGGAAUAGGCCAGAAAAACUUCAAUAAAACACAGGAUUUUCGUCGCACAGUGAGACAUUGUCCGCCCUAAUUAUCCUGGACGGACAUGCAAGUUGCAGACUGGCCGGUUGUGUGAGUGAUCUCUUGUAACCAUGACGACCCACGUGACUCUGGAGGAUGCUCUGUCUAACGUGGAUCUGUUGGAGGAGCUGCCCCUCCCUGACCAGCAGCCCUGCAUCGAACCUCCGCCUUCAUCCAUCAUGUACCAGGCUAACUUCGAUACCAACUUUGAGGACAGGAAUGCAUUUGUGACGGGGAUAGCUCGCUACAUCGAGCAGGCAACUGUCCACUCUAGCAUGAAUGAGAUGCUUGAGGAGGGCCAUGAGUACGCUGUCAUGCUUUACACCUGGAGAAGCUGCUCAAGAGCUAUACCACAGGUGAAGUGUAAUGAGCAGCCCAACAGGGUGGAGAUCUAUGAGAAGACUGUGGAGGUGCUGGAACCAGAGGUCACCAAGCUCAUGAAGUUCAUGUACUUUCAGCGUAAGGCCAUCGAGCGUUUCUGCGGGGAGGUGAAGCGUCUCUGCCACGCUGAGCGGAGGAAAGACUUCGUCUCUGAAGCCUACCUCCUCACCCUGGGCAAGUUCAUCAACAUGUUCGCUGUGCUCGACGAACUCAAGAACAUGAAGUGCAGCGUCAAGAACGACCACUCGGCCUAUAAAAGGGCAGCUCAGUUCCUGAGGAAGAUGGCCGACCCUCAGUCCAUCCAGGAGUCACAGAACCUCUCUAUGUUUCUAGCCAAUCACAACAGGAUUACUCAGUGUCUGCAGCAGCAGUAA